AAGUGUACAGUAAUUGUUCCUGUUCGGCUGUGGGUUAGCGAGGUACGUGACCACAGUAUGAUAGUAACCUCAGCUGUAUGUGAGCUUCAGUGGACGGGCACGGGAUGAACCUACUACACACCACGGAAAAUAUUAAUCAAAUAGAAUGGCAUAUGUUUCCCAACUCAUUGCUCGAUGAAUACAGGGGCCUGAUAGUUUCCACAAAAAGCAACUUAAUCAACUGAGGCAGGAUGCUUGAGGGCUUGGCAACAUGGGUACUCAACAAUUAUCUGGGAAAGUACCUGGAAAAUUUACACACAGACCAGCUCUCAAUUGGUCUAUUGACGGGGGAAGUGGAACUGGAGAAUGUACCACUACGGAAAGAUGCACUGCGGCACCUGGAUAUGCCAGUUGAGGUCCGGGCUGGAUUUGUUGGGAAAGUUAAACUUCAAAUUCCAGUUUCACGAUUACGUUCAGAACCAUGGGUCAUUAUGUUUGAUCAGCUCUACCUUGUGGCAGGACCUGUAAAACUUGAAGAGUAUGAUGAGGAAGCUGAGGAAGCAGCAUCACAGGCUCGCAAAAUUGCACAGCUGGAUGGUUUGGAGGCUGCAUGGAGAGCAAACCAGGAGGCUUGUCAUGAGGCCUCUCACUAUGCCAAUUCCUACUCAUCAUGGCUUAAUUUUGGAACUUCAUUCAUGACUAAUAUUAUUGAAAAUAUUCAGCUAAAAAUACGUGAUGUUCACUUGAGGUAUGAGGAUGAUCAGAGUAUUGCUGGACAAGUGUUUGCUUGUGGCCUCACCAUUGACACACUUGCUCUCCAGAGUUCAGAUGACCACUGGAUUCCAAGGUUUGUGUAUGGGGGAAAUUCAAAGAUGGCCUACAAGUUACUUGAACUUACCAACAUGGGAUUGUACUGGGAUACCAGUGCUGAUGUCUUCAGUGACAAGUCUCUCGGUGAAUUGGCGGUUCUCAUGCUGUCUGCAAUUGGUAAACGUGAUCAUGAGUAUUUACUUCAACCUGUAAGUGCUACUGCUUGUGUAAAGCGUAACUUGAGUGAAGCGCCGCUUCGAUCUCGAUCAUCCCCUCGUAUAACAUGUGACCUUAAAUUGGAAAAGUUCCCUCUCAGCCUCAGUGAUUCUCAGUACCAACAAGUGGUAAAGUGGAAUAAAGAAUAUGAUAGACUAGAAAAAGCUCGCCAUUAUCGAAAAUGGAGACCAAGUUGCUCAGUUAAAGAGAAUCCUUAUGAAUGGUGGCAGUAUCCAAUUCAGUGUCACUUAGAUAAGAUUCAUAAAAAGUAUAGUGGUCGGAAUUGGUCUUCUGCACUACAGAGAGCCAGAGAUAUUGUUAAGUAUGUGGAAAUUUAUGGUGAACAUCUUGUGAAUCCUGCUACAGUGUCAACAGACUGCAAAGCACUUAAACUUCAAAUUGAACAAGAACUUAAUUUUGAUGAACUUCAUUCUUUGCGUGAAAUAGCCAUAGAAAGCGUUAUAAAGGACCUUGAAUUAUUACAGAAGACAAGACCUCCUACUCCUCCACUGACGAUCCCCAUGGAGCCAUCAUCUCCAAUACAAAGUGGAGAAGGUAUUCUUCAACGAUGGUUUCCAGCUUGGGGAGGCUGGUAUGCCUCAGAUGCAGGUGUUGCCCCUGUGUCACCACAGGAUGAUGAACAGGAACAUAGUCCUCCUACAGAACAUCAACCCAUUCCCAAAUCCCAGCUUUCACCCGAGUCAGAGAAACAAUCCAAAGGUUCUUUGGAAGAAGAGAUUUUGUAUGUGUUAUCAGACACUGUAGAAAACAACACCUUUAUGAAGAGAGAUGCAGUCUUCUGCCAACUGAGCUUUACACUCAAACAAAGCUCUUUUUCACUUUCAUCCAUCAAGCCAUCUGUAUCUGGGACUAGCAUGGAGGAAAAGGAAGUAAAAAGUGAACUGUUUCAACUGGAAUUUGCAAAUGUGAAAAUGGCAUUAGAAUCACGACCAAGAAGCAAGUCCUACAAAUUUAAUAUUGAACUGGGCUCUUUAAGCUUAAGAGAUAAGGUUACCCAAGAGUCUGCAUUUCCUUUGCUGAUAACUCCCCAAACCCGGGCAUCAGGAUCAUCACUAACUUCUUCAGUGUCAAGAACUUCAACUAUGUAUGCUAAGCUAACAAACAUCAUGUCUCCAAUGUCAAGCAAAACAGAAGGCCCUCUCUUCUCUCUUGUGUAUGAGUGUCGGCCAUUUAACUCCAAGGCUGACCAUAAGCUGAUUGUCAACUCUUCAGCUUUGGACAUUGUAUAUAAUCCUUCAGCUUUGGAUGCCAUUAAAGCUUUCUUUACAACUCCAUACCAGAAGAGGGAUGAUGUUGGAUAUGUACCUCAGAUGACAGCUCUGACAUCAGCUGCUAAGAAAAGGUAUGAAGAAUUGAAAGAACAAACAAAGCAAGAGUUGAAAAGGAACUGGGAGCAAAUUAUGGAAGGAGACCUGAUGACAAGAAAGCGUUGGGAUAUAAAACUAGAUAUUUCAGCACCACAGAUCAUCAUCCCAGAGCACUUUCGAGAUAAAAAUGCAAUUCUCGUUGUGUUGGACUUUGGAAAAUUGAUUUUCAGCUCAGCCAGACCCUUGUCUGAAACCAAGCUGAAGGAUGAACUAGAUAUGGCAAGUGAUGAUGAAGAUGAAUUUGCCACUCCAUGUUCUACUCCGGAUGGACUUGAAACCAUGUCACCUGUUGAUGGAGAAAAGGAUGAAACUGAGAGAAAAUCAUCAUUUCUAGAGUCACAUCCCCAAAUCUCUGAGUCGUUAUUACAUGACAGAAUGUAUGACAAGUAUGAUCUCCGUCUGUGUGACAUGCAGGUACUAGUGGGGAAAGUCCGAGACAAUUGGCGCUUUGCUUAUGUUAAAGGCACAGGUCACAUGCAUGUGUUGGAUCGGUUUAGCAUCAACUUACAACUUGAGCGACGUGUGGUGGUUAUGCCCGAUGUGCAGCAGCAAUGGCCAAGCGCUACACUUGCUGGCACAUUGCCGAGGCUUGUGCUGCAUAUAAAUGAACAGAAGGUUCAAGCUUUACGUACAAUGGUGUCAAAAUUUUACGGAGACCAACCUGUUGAACCAAAAAGGAAAGAUUCUGUAGAGUUAAACCAUAGUGUUGGUAAGAUAAGGAGAUCUAGCACACUAAUGUCCAUUGAUGACCAAGGAGAUGACUCUAGCAAGGAAGCUCCAUCCCCAACAGAUGAAGGAAAACUACUGGUUGUACAAUUCACUGUUGAUAAAUUGUCUUUGGAGUUGCAGUCACGUGGAAGAAGCAUAGCUGAACUGCAGGUCACAGGUGUACGAGCAAACUUAAACAAGCGUCCCUUUGACAGUACAGCCACUCUUAGUGUCCAUUCCUUACUUCUUGUAGAUGCUUUACAAACAUUUGGACCUGACUUUGAGCUUCUAGUUGCAAGUCAUAAACAUGUAAGCAUGGAUAGUGUGAGUGGAAGCAUUCUGGACAGUGAGCCAUGUUCCCCUACAUCACCUGCUUCUCCAGAUCACAAUGCUCCUUUCAAGCCAACUUCACCUGUUACCAUCAGUCAUGCUAUUUCAUCUUAUGCAGCAUCUAGAGCACAGUCACCACGUGGUAUCUCAUCACCACCAUUAAUUAGUUCACCGAUGUUUGGUGGACUGGGAAGUGGUGGAGGAGGAUCAUUGCCAUUUACAGAAAAUAGGGACAUGGAAGCUCUGAUUACACUGGAGGUGACAUAUGUGUCAGCACUCUGCCCCUCACAGCAGGGUGCUGGAGCACUACUCUUGGCUUCAGUGCAGUUCAACACAAUUGACAUCAUUGCCAAUCAGGAAACAGUAGUGGAACUGGUAGGUUUCAUUCAUCAGCUGUUUCCUCAUCAGCCUCCUUCAACUGUACCUCGUAUGCUUCCUCAUAUACCCACAACUACACCGGGUUCCAUGACCAUAACCACUGCUACUUCAGAGAAGGAAGAUAUUGGUAGUAUGUCACACGGAGCAAGCUUGAGUUAUGUAGCCCCAGAGAAAAACCCAAUUAGAGCUGAAGUCAGCUUUGACUUCCACAAGUUAACUGUACUUCUGCUAAGGGGAGUCUACAAGGAUAAAGACUUGGUAGGGAGAAAGGUUGGCACAGCAGUUCUCUCAGAUGCCAAGAUACAAGCCACUGUUGAAAGUGACAUUCUAACAGUUGAAGGCUCCCUGGGAGGGUUCCAGGUUCGGGAUGUGACUCCAGAAGGUAACAAACACCAGUGUAUCAUCAGUGUUGGUCAAGAUCCCAUAGUGGAACGCUCACAGGAUCUGUUUUCUCGGCUGAAUAGUGACCUGUAUCGAUCAUGCUCAACAUCAGAGAGCACAACUAGAGCAUUCAGCUUUACCAUCAUUCGACCUCUUGCUUUCUCCAGUCCUGGUUCACAGAUGUUUGAGGCUGCCCAGAGUGCAGAGAGUGAGAAUUUGACUGUAAAGCUCCGACUGGCAUCUGUGUGCUACACCCACUCUCCACUCUUCCUGCAGGAACUGAAAUCAUGUGCAACAGAAUUUAAGCAUUACAUGGCUGUUGUUGCAUUAUCCAUCAAACAUGCUGCUACUGAAAUGGCAAUGGGCCUAGUCAGUAAGAGGAUUGAGUCAUUUGCCAGCCUUUCCCUAAAUCAAUGGGAAGCAUCGCCUCGUCAUCGGCGAAGAAUGAGUUUUUCACGAUCUACUGAUACUUUAAACCUGCCAGCUCCUCCACCAGCAUCUGCUUCUGGGUCACGCUUUAGUCCCGCACAUGACGAGACCACUGACCUUCCAUUUUCAUUCAAUUUGGACAUUAUUCUGGAGACUCCAGUGGUUGUAUUGCCUGAGUCUUCAAACAGCCCUGAUGUCUUAGUGGCUCAUCUUGGUCAAAUUUCCAUAAACAAUGCUUUCCCACUUGAGCACUCUCCACUAGAAGCAUUUUCAUCAUUUCCUCCAAGCAAAGUUGCUGAGUAUCAAGUGAUGGUGCGAGACAUGAGCCUUUUCUCACUGAAUGUUGAGGAGAGACUCAAGAGCAGGGACAGCACAUUCCAGUGGUUCCACAACCAGCUGUUGAUCAUAGCUCCACUGUCAACAACGGUGAUGUGUGCUGAAGAGCUGUAUAGUUGCCGGGACCAUGGGCGCCCUAUAUUACACAGCACCUCCAUAGAGUUACGACUGAGACAUGAGCAGGCAGGUUUUCUUCUCGCAGACCAUGAAUCUGGCCUGUUCUUCCCCAAUGAUAUCUUUUUAGAUCUCCAUCCAACAACGUCUCGUGACUCAUUACAGAUUGAUGGUGGUAUUGUAACACCAUUGAAAAUUAGCGUUUCUCGUCAACAGUACAGACAAGUGGUGAAGACUUUAUCCAAUUUGUCAGUUGCUACUAUGGAAGACACUACAAAUCGGCAGGGUCUUAGUUCUGUGGUUGAGGAAGGCACUACAGUAAUAAAAACAGAAACAUCACAACGACCAAAGAGUUCUCAGGUCCCAGUUGAGGCAGAUAACACAUUAAUUGCAGUAAAAGGAUCCUUUUCUGUACCAAACUUGUGUGUUGAGCUUCGUGGGGAUGUUGGAGAGAAAGAGAAGCCUCUUGUCAACCUGCUCUUGGAGGAAUUAAAAGCUACAUAUGAGUCAUGUGAACCUUACAAAACAAAAACUCAGUUAACACUUCGUUCACUGAUGAUGGAAGAUCUGCAGCAGUCAGACACAAGCACCCAGCAUAGAUUCCUCAUGAAUUCCGAUACAGUACCCCAAGAUACAGCAUCUGAUACCCAAUCCCAGUUUCAGCAUUCUAGCCUCUACCCAUCCUACCACUCACACAGUCACUUCCUUCAUGAGCACCAUGUUCCAGAGUUUAUAUCUACUUCUUGUCCUGAAUUUUGGCAACAUCAUGCUGCUCAUUUAGCUUCCUCAUCACUACCCAGUGAAUUGAAAAUGGAAAAACCUUUCUUUAAAGCACUACAAAAACCAACUAUUACUCCCAAGAAAAAUUUAAGAGGAUUGUCUAGUCAGAGUCCACACAUCAGUACAAAAUGUAAUGCCACGUGUACAAAGAGCCCUUGCACUCCACCUCCAUCACCAACCCCAGGAGAGGAGCCACACUUUGCACAUCGGCCUCACACUACUCUUGUCACCAUCACCAUUUCAGACAUAGACAAGAGAUGUCCAGAAUAUCAUAGUAAAUAUGAUGGAACUAACAGGUUCGUUGAUGUUGACUUCAACAGUCUUACUACAGUCGUCAAUAUCUCAUCUUGGGUUAUGGUACUGGACUUCUUCAGCACGGACCAAGAUGAUAGUGUUCUUAACAUGACUUCAAGAGAAGUUACUCCAGACACUUCCAAGGAGUUUGGUCCUAGAGUUACAGAGGAGCUGAACACCAUAGUGGAAGUACAGGUGCGCUCCCUCACCCUCAUCUUCAACAAAACAGACUGUGAACUGGCUCGUGCAAGUAUCUCUCAGGUCUUGGUCCGUUCAGUUGGAUCUGAGGGUAACCUGACAUUAACAGGUCGUUUAGGAUCUCUGUCACUUGUUGAUUGCACUAGCCAUGGUCACCUAUAUCGUGAAAAGUUCAUCACGGCUGGAAAUGAAGCAAUGACUUUCCAGGUGUUCAGAUAUGGUCAUGAGGAUCCUAAUAUGCAACGUGAAUGUGAUAUUCGAGUCAAGUUAAAGAUGUCUUCUGUGAUGUAUAUACAUACACAUCGCUUUGCAUCUGAGCUAACACAGUUUGUGCAAGAAUUUAACCAGCUAAGAGAUAUAGUGUCGAGGUGGAGGGCUACAAGUGCUGGUCUCGAGGUAGCUGAUUAUAGCAGAGGCUCCCGUGUGUCACUGGAUAUUAGUGCAGGUUCACCAGUCAUAUUCCUGCCUAUGUCCAGUUGUUCAGAAACUCUUCUGGUUGCUGACCUUGGGAGCUUGACCAUCACUAACAAGUUUCUUUGGGCUGGAUCUAAAGGAACUAUUAGUCAGGUGCAAGAUCAGAGCUUGGAGGAAAGACUGGUGAAACAACAAGGAACCUCCUCCACAAGGUCCCAUUCUAGGUCCCAUGACUCCCGUUCACGGUCACAUAGCCGGCACCGAGAUGGGAACCAAAGCUAUACAAGUGAAUCUGAUGCUGAGGGAGAUUUAAGACAACAGCAAAGUCAUUCUGUGUCACAAAAGUGUCUUCUGGAUGUGUUGUACAUUGAUUUGGUAAACAUGGACAUUUACACAAGCACAAGAUCACCACCAAAAAAGUCAUAUAACUCAGGCAGAAACAAUCAAGGAAUAAGUAAAAGCAAAAGCAGUAAUGAUACUGGAGAAAUUGUUGAAUGGAUCUUUGGAUCAUUUAGCGUGAUGCGACAGGGAACGUCCAUGUUAUAUGACAAAUGUGCUCUGAAGUUACAGGUAGAAAGAAACUUGGAUACAGCUGUUUGUCAUGAAGUGCCAGACAUGAGUAUCCAUGGGACAGUGAACAAGGUUCAUGUUACUAUUGAUACAGCAGACUACAAGUUGAUUCGUGGUCUCUUAAUGUUCAACCUAGGAGAACCACUUCCAUCUGUGCCUAUGCCUGCAUAUCUUUAUCAAUCACAGCCACAGCAAUGGUGGCAUUCAGCAACGUCUGUUAGGACUUCUCUAAACAUCAUCCUUAACUUGGACAAUGUGACUCUAGAACUUGAGAAUCUGGAACAAGACAAUGUACAGGGAAGCAAGUCAUGUACUCCACUUGCAUGUAUCAAUUUCAUUAGUUCCAGACUCACAUAUGAGAACUUUUCAGAUUAUUCCAAAGAUGUUGACUUGGUCUCACAAGAAAUUCUUAUUAGUGACACCAGAUUUGAGGGCUUCCCAGUGAAUAAGCGUUCCAACAUUUUUACCAACAUCUUACAACCUACACCUUCAAAAAGUGCUAAAAACAACAGCCAACUACAAGCAGAGGUUCAUUAUAGAUCAACAAAAAAUGUAACAAGAUUUACAAUAUUGCUGAACAACAUGCGCUUGAUGGGCAUCUUGGACUGGUGGUGGGAAGUUCUUGACUUUAUUUACAUGACUCCUGAUAAUCCAUUCCAUAAAGGAGAAAAAAAUGGGGAUAAUUCUAAGGAAACCUCUGGUUCUCCAAGUACUGUGGUUACCCCAGUUUUGUUCUCUCCUAUCCUCACACCAAUGCACAGCACUCCUCUUCAUCCAUCUCCUCAAACUCAGUCUCCACAGCCACAGUCUCCAAGAUCAGAGUCACCUGCUCCAAAGGAAAGGACCAUUAGGUCUAACACACCAAAGCUAAACCCCAUGGUAGAAUCCACAGGGGUUAUGACCAAGCAUGCCAUUUUUCAAGAGCAAAAUAAAGUACCAUUUGAACUGAAGUUAAAUAUCACUGACUCAGAACUUGUAGUGGUAGAGAAUACAGCUGUAUGGGACACCAGUGCUGUUAUACUCAGGAGUACUGCUGUGGUAAGUUAUCGGCCACAGCAUCAGGAGCGGCCACUAUCAUGCAACUUGAAUCAGUGCGAGUUAUACUCAUGCAUCCUUGGACUUGAGGAUGAUACGGCUCUAUCCAUCAUUGACCCGGUCACAAUCAACAUAGAAGUUAGUGAUAGACUGGGCCAUAAACAGCUGGUGGAUAUCUCAAAUGUAUCCAUGUCAGUUCAGCACACUGUUGAAGUAAUAAUGCAUCAAUUGAACAUCCGCCUCAGUUACCAUGACAUGAAGAUGUUCCAGCAAAUUCUCGAGUCGGUGCCAAAGCAAAGAGAAGUAGCUAAGAAGCCCAUAAUGUCUAAGGAGAUGACUCAGCCAGCAAACUUUCAAGCCCAAGUUGACAAGUUAUCUGCUCUUGGAUUCUGUCAAAUGGACUGCAAACAUGCUUUGGAGAAGUGUGAGGGAAGGCUUGAUGAUGCAGCUCUCUGGCUAACACACAAUGCUCAACCAGUACCUGCAGCCACUGUCACACCAGCAGACAUAAACAAAAAGGGUGCCAUCAACCUCCAUGCAUUAGAGAUCAAGACAGGAAGUGUGAACAUAUGUGUUAUUGAUGACUGUGGGGACUGUGAUGUGCCUUUGCUGGAAUUUUCACUCUCUCACCUUGGAUUGAAGCAGGACUGGUAUGGGAAGGGCUCUGCAAGUUGCUCCCUCUCCGCGAAUUACUAUAACCGCGCUCUCUCAGGCUGGGAGCCAUUUUUGGAACCUUGGUUAUGUCAAGCUGACUGGGACAAGAGCCUAUCCCGUGAUCUAAAUGGAGAGCGCUUAACUUUAACUGUAAUGACCAAAGAUACUGUAAAUGUAAACAUCACCCAAACACUCCUGGAGCUUUACCGUAUGGUUAAGAAUAAUUGGACUUCAGAUUAUUACAAUAGAGAAAGGUUGGAGGUAGAGACUAGUACGGUUUCAAGUGAGGAUGGCUGUAAGGGAAUAGUGGUUAGUCCUCAAGGUUAUCGCAGACGAUCUCCUUUCAUACCCUUUGCUCUUAAAAAUGAUACUGGCUGUGACCUCACCUUUGCCACCAUGACUGCCACACCAGACAGUAUGGCUGAUAUGGAAAUUUUAACUCGAAGCGAUAUGCCAAAGAUGGAUUGGAUACAUGUGCCUGCAGGAAGCACUGUUCCCUUUUCCUUCGAAGGCCGGGGAAAACAACGCCAUCGUGACACUCAUGAAUUGAAAGUUCAUCAGUUAUUAGUACAAGUGGAUGGAUGGCAGCCAAUAGGACCAGUUACUGUGGAUAAAGUUGGCAUUUUCUUCAGAUUAGCUUCUUCAUUACCUUCAACUUCUUCUACACUAAAUUGUGAGUUACCAAGUGCCCGGAUUAUAAUGGCAGUUACACUUGAUGGUUCAGCCCGCAAACUAGUAACUAUCAGAUCGGCUUUGCUUCUCACAAAUCUGUUGAAUUGUCCAGUUGACAUCCGCUUGGAAAAUUCUGCUGUACGACUUGGAGCUACAACUCAACUGUUCAAGCGAAUGACACCAGGUUCUACCUAUCCUGUACCUCUCAAGUUUGUAGAGUUACAGAUUAAUGUUCGGCCUGUUCCUGACCGCUCCAAAAGUGUCUUUAGCUUUUCAAACAAGCCCAUAUUUUGUACCAAUUUACUUAAAUUGGGAUGUUUGGAAGGAGGUGCCAGACAGAGUCAUGCCCUCAACAGCAAUAAGGAACAUCCAUUUAGGUUUUGUGUUCAUGUUAAGAGAGAUAAUUUUCCUAUUGAGGUCUCAACUUUAUCUCCACCAUCAAGUUCUGCGUACACAGCUUCUCGUCAUAACGAGUGGGUUCAGCCUGGCCACACAAUUGUACUGGUUAGUCCACUUACCUUGGUAAAUCUUUUACCUUAUGACUUACACUAUGAAGUAAAGGCAACAGGAAGUAAGUAUCGGGUGAAGCCUGGAGAAGAUGCCUGUCUACACUCAGUCGAUCCAGCACAGAGUGUGUCUUUGUCUAUAUGGACAGACACUCUUCAUCCUUGUGGAGAGAUUACUUUAAAUCCUGCAACCUCACCUUACGUGAUGCCACUUAAGCUUCAAGAUCUACAGAAACGCAUCCUCUAUGUUCAUCUUAAAGUUCGGCCUCAGUAUGGAGGUGCUCUUAAGGUUGUUGUGUAUGCAGGGUAUUGGUUAAUCAACAAGACAGGGUUACCACUCAUCUUUAAACAGGAGGGAGUGUCUACUGAUGCUGCUGGUCAAGACAAGGAACAUGAGGUUGCUCGAUGUGCUGCCCCAUUACUCUUCUCCUUCACUGAUCGUGAUGCUAACCCCAUGCUGGUUGCAAGAGUUGGUAAUCAGUUGCACCCAGAAUCACGUGCACAGUACUGCCACAAGCUGCCCUUGACACAAGGAACAUGGGUUCGGCGAUUGAGAGUAAGCCCUCCUGAUAAUAGACCAGACCAUGUUUAUAUCGUUGGUAUUGAUGUGAGACCUGGUCGUGGCCGUUAUAGAGAUACUUACAUGGUCACUUUCUCGCCUAGAUUCCAGAUUGAAAAUAGGUCUUCUCAUGAAUUGAUUAUUGCCCAGAAGUGUUUCACAACUUCUUUUACUGAUCCAAGUGCUCAGUCAACAUGGUUACGUGCCAUCUCAGGUUGUUGGCUCCCUUUCCACUGGCCACGUCUUGACAAAGAUCAACUCCUUUGUAUUUACUUGCGGGAUAUCCCAGGAUGUUACUGGUCUGGUGGUUUCUUCAUUGAAAAGAUUAAUUCUUUCUAUCUCAACAUCAGGGACAACUGUGGCCACUGCUUCUUCAUACGUGUUGAAGUUAUUAUCAAUGAGGCCACAUACUUCAUUGUUUUCACCGAUGCUGAAUCCCUUCCACCCCCAUUUCGUAUUGACAAUUUCUCUGAGGUUUCAAUCACUUACUAUCAGACAGGCACACAAGAGGAACGCUUGAGAACCGUAGUAAAACCUCGAUCAUGUGUAGCUUAUGCCUGGGAUGAAGUUAUCUUACAGCCCCACCUGACUUGUGUUGCUCCUGGGGGAACAUCAGCUACCUACAACAUGAAUGUACUUGGUGAGGGGGCAAGACUCACCUAUGAGAAUUUCAUCUACAUUGCAUUUACUGGAACAUUUCAAAAAGCAUGUGGGGGGAAUGGCAAUGGUGACAGUGGGAAUGUGACCUUUGACCCAACAGCAGUGGAAUGUCAACAGUUGGUCCUUGAUGUACCAGAGGGAACUAGGGUAAAACUAGCUCGAAAAGAAAUUGGAAGAAGAUCCCAACUUUGGUGUAUGACAUCUACAGGAAUGUUGCAGCAUGAAGGCUCCUCUCCCCCUCAUGACCCCACCAGCAAGAAGUCUCGAAAAAAUACUAAUGUUUUGGUACUAGAUAUAGCUGGUCCUGCACCACAACCUUCAGAAUACACUCCACUGAUGCUAAGAAAGCCAGAUGACCGCCGAAGACUGACACAGACAUGGCGAUUUACUGAGGACGGCCAGCUGUGCUGUGUCCAUGUUAAUAUGUUUGUUCAAGCUAAAGAUGGAUUCCUUGGACUUGCUCCAGGGUCUCAUUUUGGUGGUUCAUGGCAGUCGUGGAAUGAUGUGGUCUUGGGUCCACCCCAACUUGUCCAUUACGAAACUAUGGCAAAUGGUGUGCCACUGGAGCGGGCCAUAUCCAGGCAGCGCUUACGUCCUGGUUCAGGAAUACUUGCAUUAAAAGUAGAUACGGAUGGUCCAACACGUGUCUUGAAGAUAACAGACAUCCAUAGUAAGAGUUCAUCACUGAUGGCCCGUACAGAGAGUGGUGACUGGGUUAGCCUCAGUGAUGAGGGAGGAACAACCACCAUAAAAAAAACAAGUAGAGGGAGUCAGCAGGCUAGUGAAGGCUCCAACUUAAAAGAGGUUCAGGUUCAACUAAAGAUUCAUGGUGGCUUGGGCAUAUCAGUGAUUCAGCAAACACCCCCACAAGAACUUAUUUAUGCCAAGUUAUCAGAUAUUGUAUUUGAGUAUCAGAGCUCUCUGCUACAGCGGACAGUUGACUGUAGUGUGCGUGAUAUUCAGGUGGAUAAUCAACUUUUAACAGCCCAAUGUCCUGUUGUACUGUAUGUGACGCCUCAGAAUAAGAAUGAUGACACCCGCCACCUCCCUGCUAUAUAUCUUACUGCAAAUCAAGUCUUGUCAUCGUGCACCAAUGCUUAUAUAUUCAAGAAUUUGAUGGUGACCACGAAGACUUUAACCAUCACCCUGGAGGAAACUUUGCUUUUUAAGCUGUUUUUGAUGGCUGGUUAUGAUCAAUCAGACUCUGAGCUCGAGAAAGUGGAGGAGCAUCAAUAUGACAUGCGGCGUAUGCUUGCUGCUGCCACUUCAGUCAAUGCAACAAGAUACUACUUCACCAACCUUGAACUUCAACUCAGUCAAGUUAGACUUAGUGUUCUUACUUCAAAAAAAUUAAGUCCAGAGCUCAUGAAUAUUAAGAGAAAAAUGGGGCUUACUCUGGUCAGGUUUGAGAAUGCAAGUGUUAAUUUGGAACCCUUCAUCCGUUGUCACCCAUUUGAAACAUCUCACUUCUUAUUUGACUGUAUCACUAAACAUUACAGAGAGGAACUGAAGUCGCAGGCAAUGAAAAUCUUAGGAUCAACAGACUUUCUAGGUAAUCCGUUUGGUUUCUUCGCUGACGUAAGCGAAGGCGUGAGUGAACUGGUUCAUGAAGGAUCUGUGGGUGGCCUAGUGUGGAACGUAACGCAUGGCAUGGCCAAUUCUACUGCCAAGGUGACGGGAUCAUUGUCGGAUGCUGUUGGCCACGUCACAAUGGAUGAGAAACACGAGGAACACCGGCAGAGAUUACGUACCCUGCAAGCAGCAAAUGGGUCUGACCAUAUUGUAGCAGGUUUGCGAGGGCUUGGGCUAGGACUGUAUGGUGGACUUACCAGUAUUGUAUCACAAACAUACACUGGAGCAACACAAGAAGGACUUACUGGCUUCAUAUCAGGCUUUGCUAAGGGAAUGGUGGGUACUGUUACAAAGCCAGCCAUUGGAUUAUUGGAUUUGGCAAGCAGCACAUCUCUGGCAGUUCGUGACACAAGCAAAAAUCCCUUUCAGAAGAUGCCUUCACGCACCCGUAAACCAAGACUUGUUCUUGGACUGAAUGGAAUGAUCCCAAGAUAUUCUGGAAGUCAGGCAGUUGGACAAGAACUUUUGCUUUCCUUUGAUCAUAAUGGAAAUGAAAUCUUCUUGGGAUAUGAAGUUUUACGGGAAGGAGAGGAAGAUCUACGAGUACUUAUCUCCAGUGAACAAGUGCGAAUAUUUAGUCAGAUUGAGUCUUCCCUUCCACCUACAUCUGUACUCACUGUAUUUUAUAAAGAUUUGUACCAGUGCAAGCCAGUAGUACUUCAAGCUGAGGAACCAGCAGCAGACCAAAAGCACUAUAUUGAAUUGAGCUUAAAAGCAGACAAAUCAGAGGUACUUGGUAUCUCUCGACCCUCAGAUCUGGCUUACAAAAGACCUAAAGUUCGUUGUGAUUCUAGAAGUAUUGCAUGCCGGGUGGCACAGCAGAUCAACUAUGCAAGAAAUUUGCAUGAUGAACUACGUCAAACACUGCUUACUCAGGAGGAAGAGAAUGUUGAAGACUAAUGUUUAGAAAACUUAUUUUCAAUGUUAAUAAUAAGAGACUCUCUUAGUGCUGUGAUAGUAUAUAACAAUUAUUUAUUAUAUAGUAUGCUUAAAUAUACAGUGGUCCCUCGAUUAACGAACACAAUUCGUUCCACAGAGUUGUUUGUUAACCAAAAAUUUUGUUAACUGAAUCUAUUAUUUCAAUGGGAUAUUGGGUAUUUGGUUCCAACUAACAGAAAAAGUACAUGCAAAGUAAAGCCAAAAAAUGCAUAAAGUCAGAAACACUCCAAAAAAUCCCCUAAAUGUCACAGAAGUGACUGGGGAGAAUAUAAUUUACAUUGCUGGAAU